AAGGGCAAGGGCAAGGAGGUCGCGGAGCCAGCCAAGAAGAAGGCCAAGAAGGGAGUCGAGGCGGCUGAUGAGAAAACGGAGGAAGUGAAGGGUGCUGCGAAGAAGGGGAAGAAGGCCGCGGGGGAUAAGGCGGAGGAGGUGAAGGAGACGGCGACAAAGAAGGGGAAGAAGGCAUCUGCGGCCGCCGAGGACAAGGCGGAGGAGGUCAAGGAGACGGCGACGAAGAAGGGGAAGAAGGCUACUGAAGCUGCUGGGGAUAAGGCGGAGGAACCCGUCGUCACCAAGGGCAAGGAGGUCGUCGCUGCUGCCGUCGGCGCGACCACUGCGGCUGCCAAGAAGGGGACCAAGAUCGCGAAAGCUGCUGCCGCAGCUGCGGUCGAGGCUGCCCAGGAGGAUGAGGAGAUGCCUUCGGAUGAUGAGGAGGCGCACGGCUACUCUUCCUCGGACGGAGAGGCUGACUCGUCCGACGACGAAUCAGAUGGCGAAGACGUGGCGGUUCGCGAGGCAGGGAGGAAGAUUGACAUGAAGGGUCUCCCGAUGGUAGCCAAGGACGACAAGAGCGUCGCUGCCAGGCUCAAGAAGGCCAACAAGAAGAAGGACGAUGCCAAGGGCACCCUCUACCUCGGCAGAAUACCGCACGGUUUCUACGAGGACGAGAUGAAGGAGUACUUUGGUCAAUUCGGCGAGGUCUCCCGCUUGAGAUUGGCUCGGAACCGUCAGACCGGCGCGUCCAAGCACUACGCCUACAUUGAAAUGUCUUCCGGCUCUGUCGCUCAAAUCGUCGCCGAGACGAUGAACAACUACCUGCUCAUGGGACAUCUCCUCAAGUGCCACGUUCUUCCCGCGGACGAUAUCCACCCCGAGCUUUGGGCCGGAGCCAACAAGAAGUUCCGCGUCAUUCCCCGUGCCCGGCUAGAGAAGGCUCGGCAAGACAAGCCUCGUACACAGGAGCAGAAGGACAAGUCAAACCAGAACGUUCUGAAGAAGCAGGAGAGCCGGAAGAAGAAGAUCCAGGAGAAGGGGAUCGAUUACGAGUUUGAA